GAAGCUGGGCUAUUCCCAACUGCCAGUGAUCUCAAACAGACUCUGAGGCUCCCUCUUUGCUCCAACGGACAGCAGCGUCUUUAGGCUGGAUAAUAGUCAAAUUCUUACCUCCCUCUUUCACUGCUAGUAAGAUCAGAUUGCAUUUCUUUCAGUAUUUUUAAAUCCCCAGUUUCUUGAUCUGUUUCUAAAAGAAGAAGUAGAGAAGACAAAUCAUCUCUUCAAUACCUGGAAGGAAAAAGAAAAUUACCUCAACUCCGUUUUGAAAAAACCACUCCAAGAACUUUCAUCAGAGAUUUUACUUCCUCCCUUGGGAUAUUAUGUCCUUUCUUAGUUGGAACAAUGAGUUGUUAAAAUGAUUUCAAAAACAAAAGAAUGUAAGGACACCAUGACCCAUAAUAGAAGUCCCAAUGCUGCAAUACUACUUUCCCAAUUGUUCCAUCUGAUGGACCACAGGUCUCUGUGUAGACUUAGAAUUAUUGCAAGGAAUUCCCCAAUCAACAUGUGAGCAUAGGCUAACCUUCUCUGAGAGCUAGAUUUAUGAACAUAUUAAGGAGCCUUCUCACUGUCUGAUGUAACAGAGAACGUUUCAUGGGCAAGCAAACAAGAUGACUAAAAAUUUUUAGAUGGUUUACACAAUGAAGAAAGUACAUGCACUUUGGGCUUCCAUAUGCCUGCUGUUUAAUCUUGCCCCUACCCCUCUUAAUGCGGAUUCUGAGGAAGAUGAUGAAUACAUAAUUAUGACAGACCCUGAGUUGCCACCACUGAAAUUUAGGCAUACGUUUUGUGCAUAUAAGGCGGAUGAUGGCCCAUGUAAAGCAUGGAUGAAGAGAUAUUUCUUCAAUGUUUUCACUCGACAGUGUGAAGAAUUUAUAUAUGGGGGAUGUGAAGGAAAUCAGAAUCGAUUUGACAGUCUGGAAGAGUGCGAAGAAAUGUGUGCAACAGGUAAUGGAAAGAUGAUAAAGACAACAUUACAAAAUGGAAAGCCAGAUUUCUGCUUUUUGGAAGAAGAUCCUGGAAUAUGCCGAGGUUAUAUUACCAGGUAUUUUUAUAACAAUCAAACAAAACAGUGUGAACGUUUCAAGUAUGGUGGAUGUCUGGGCAAUAUGAACAACUUUGAGACACUAGAAGAAUGCAAGAACACCUGUGGAGACACUUUGAAUGAUUAUGGAACCCAGGUCAAUGCUGUGAAUAAUUCCCUGACUCUACAAUCAACCAAGGCUCCCAGGCUUUUCGAAUUUCAGGGUCCCUCAUGGUGUCUCGAUCCAGCAGACAGAGGAUUGUGUCGCGCCAAUGAGACCAGAUUCUACUACAAUUCAGUCAUUGGGAAAUGCCGCCCAUUUAAGUACAGUGGAUGCGGGGGAAAUGAAAACAAUUUUACUUCCAAAAAAGAAUGUCGGAAGUCAUGUAAAAAAGGUUUCAUCCAAAGAAAAUCAAAAGAGGGCCUAAUUAAAACCAAAAGAAAGAGAAAGAAGCUGAAAGUGAAAAUAGGAUAUGAAGAAAUUUUUCUUAAAAAUGCAUAAAUUUGUUAUAGAAAUUUAGCAUUAAUUCUAAUAAAUAUUUUAUAUGAAAUGUUCCACUUUGUUUUCUAUUUUUCCCUUUACUAAAAAAAUUUUAAAUAAUAUAUUCAUUAAAUUUUCUAUGUUUAUUGCACAUUUGU